AUGGCGCUAUUUGUGCCAGUCCCAGCCUCCAGCUCGGCGUGCAGCUCUCUCGGGCCGAAAGUUGCAACGCCAAGAGGUCGUUCCCUGGAACGCCAUGGGACGGGGGCCCGCGGGGCCCGGGGAGCUCUGGGCCUCGGGCUGAUGUCAGCCAUGGUGUCCAGAAGCUGGAAAUCGCGGAAAGUGGCGCGGAGAGCUGAGGAGAUGGAGAUGGAUCUGCCAGCCUUAGACCUGGAUCCCAAGGCUUUGGAUUCAGCACCCGAGCUGUCCUUCAUGAUUGAAGAGCUGCCAUCCAGAAAUAGCUCAUCACUCAUCGUUCAACACCGCCUGGGAUCUGAAACGCAGAUCCCGGCAGUGCUCAAACUGGUGGAAGAAUAUCUCCCGAAGUUUGACAUUUACAACUGCGCCACGGCGCUGCACAAGUGUGGCCUCAGUGCCAGAGACGAUGACUUGACCGCUCGGCAGAUCCAAUCGGAUCCCAAUUUCAUUCGGCUCUUCUCCACUGCCAAGAAGCAGAUGUUGAGCCAGGUGAACGAGCUCGAUGCCUCCACCCUAACCACCAUGCUAUGGGCCUGCGCUCGCCUGAGCAUCUACGAUUCCGAGCUGACCACGGCCAUUGCGGCGGACGCAACGAGUCGGAUGAAUCACUACUCGCCUCAUUCCAUUGGUUUGUUGAUGUUUUCCUUGGGCUAUAGUGGGGUCCGCCCCCGGCCCAGCUUGCAGAAAGCUUUGCUCACGGAGUUGCAGGGCAGAAGCGAUUUCGACACCGAAUCGCUGUUGCUGGUCGUCUAUGCCUGCAUGAGACUGGGGAUUCGCGACCGUCGAAUUAUGGAAGUGGCAGGGCAGCACAUUCUUGAAACGGGCCUGUCAGACUGCGAGCCACUGACCGUGGCAUCCUUCUGCUAUUGCUAUGGUAAGCUGGAGUACUGGGAAAGGAACGUGCUGGCCCUGCUGGCCCAGCGCAGCCUGGAAUUGGUGGAAGACCUGAGCCCCCGGAUGCUGGUCAUGACGCUGCUGGGCUUAUCUUCGGCUGUGGGGCAGAUGGAGGAGUUGGAUGAGACCUUAGAAAAGAUGAAGGUGGUUGUUGAAGAUCGUAUGCAGUCGCUGAGCCACCGCGACCUGUCAACCUUGGCGUUUGCCUUCGGCAAGUACAGCUUGCUGGCGCGCGAGCGUCAAGAGAUGGUCAUGAGCCAGGAAAACAUCAAGAGGAAGAAAUCCGCCCUGGAUUUCAACGCCAUCGAAGCCGAACCCUUCAUCAAGGCGUUGAAGGACGAAGUGAUCCGACGCGAUCACGAUACCUUCACUAUGCAGGAGCUGAAUUUGCUCGUCUAUGCCUUAAUGCGGAUGGAACAUCGUGAUCAGGAAUUCCUGAGUGUGUGCGCACAACGUUUCGAGGAAAACGCCGCCGAACUGAUGCUGGUGGAGAUUCUGAACAUCUUGUAUGCCUUUGGAAAGCUCGAUUACCUCCCACUAAGUCUGGUGGAAACGCUCCUUGAGGAAAUCCACCGUCGCGACGAAUGGGAUCAGAUGGAUCCGGCCGCAUGGUCUGUGCUGAGUUACAGCUUGGCCCUGAAUCAGGUGAGAUAUGAGAAAUUGAUGGACCGUAUCGCUGUUCACUUCUGCGAGCACGUCCGGGAGUAUUCCGAUCAGUCUAUCUCUAUGCUGCUGUGGGGUUUGGCCUUUCUGAACUGCCGGAACCACGGGGAGGUGGUGGCAUCUACCUGCCUGGAGGAAAUCGCCAGGCGAGGAGAGUUUUCAAACACCUCUUUGGCCAUUUGCUUCUAUGCUGCCGCCAUUCUGGGCGGGAAAGCUGCUGCCCUGCCAGCGAUGAAUGUCAUGAUGAUGGAGGGUUUCUGGAGGCGAGAUUUCACCGUGGCAAGUUAUGCGCAGAUCUACUCGAUGCUGGCAUGCUGGCAGGCGGAGCUGGGUUUGCCCGUAGAGGAGUUGGUGGGACACACGGUCUGCCGUAGCUGUUAUGAGGAUACGACCUCACGGUACAUGGGGGAGCAGCAUCGCCGCUUGAGCGACCGGCUUCGGAUUCAGAGGAUCCCUCACGAGGCCAAUGCCAUGGCACCUGCGCUAGACACUGUUGGAGAAGCAGGAGUUCGAGCAGACAUUGUCAUUCCCAAAUUAAGGCUGGUGAUCGAGGUUGAGGGCCCCCAACGCAGCACCAUCCCCAUGGAGCUGUUGACGGAAAAGCUGCGAGAAGAAGACCAAGCUCUGCUGGAAGGAGAUGGAAAGAAGCCCGCGGAGAUUCGGAAGACCGUGAUCGCCGGUGAACGCAGCGAUGUUCUCGUGCAAGCCCGCGAGUACGUGGAGUGCGGCCUCAGUGGCGCCGCGGCCUUCAAGCGCCGGCUGCUCCGGAGCUGCGGCUGGCGGGUGGUCACGGUGUCCUUCAACGAAAGUGAGGAGUACAUCGCGGACGCGCUGAAGCGAAUGAUCAACAAAGAUCCCUCUGAGGCUUCAGACUCUGACGCUGACGAGGCAAGUGGAGAGAUGGACAUUGGUGUCACAGAGGCGAUGGAACCUGGCCCUUUUGACUCGGUGCCAGAGAGCAUGUUCGUGGAAAAGCCUGAUGAAAGCAUGAUCUCGGAAUUCGAGAGCAAAUUGCGAGCUGCCCAUGAUCUUGCGCAAAAAAAGGUGAAGUUAAGGCUGAUGGAGGAGCGCGAGGAUUUUGCCGCAUCCGCAGCAUACUCUGAGCCCCUGCAGUACCGCCAAUGGCAGGUCUCUGUGGAGAAGGAGGUGCUUGCAGAGAUGAUCGAUGGACUGAAGCAGGAGAAGGUCAUCCCCUGA